UGAAACUCGUCACUGAAUAUUUCACAUACUGACCAUUCUCAUUGAGUCUAUAGGAUUCUUUUAAAACAUGAAGAUCGCCAUAAUUCUAGUUGCUUGCAUGAUUGCUAUCGUUACCGGAGAGACAUGUACAGGCAACACAAACUUGGAUUCUCAAUGCUCCCAUCUCAACUGCGAUGGUGGAUGGCAUUUGGCAUGUGUUAACACCCAAUGUACAUGUGUUGAAAACACAGCUCACACCUGUACUACUAAAGCUGAAUGUGAGGCCGUUACUUCCUGGGACUGUCCCAAUCGUCGUCGUCAUUGUGUUGAUGGCACUUGCAGAUGUACCAGAUUUUAAUUGUACUUUUGUUAUAAUAAUAAAAUUUUGUACGAUGGAACAUUUUUU